ACCGCCAUACAGACUGCCGUUUUGAUUAUUCUCGUAUCAGUGGUCAAAGAAAAUCAUGCUCAAGCAUUUUAUAUUGGAAAGAUAAAAAUGAUUCCUGAUGUAACGCAACAAGUGAUCCAAUCCGGAUCCAACAUGACAUUGACAUGCAUAGCUGAUAAUUAUUUGGAUCGUGCUGGGAUUAGUAAAAUCUCUUGGCAACUACCCGACAAUAUCGUCAAAUAUCCGACGUCUGCUGAUGUUGACAACCGUGUUUACAAGACAUAUGGUAGAAACGACUCGAAAGUCUCCUCGACGUUGACUCUUACAAACGCCAGACCCAAAGAAACGGGAUAUUUUGGUUGUGCCUUCAGUGGCGGAGAUUAUAGGAAUGUAUUAAACAUUCAACAAUACAUCUACGUCAAAAGUGAUACUGAACUUAUUUUCUUCGAUACCCAAAGGGUAUCAAAUUUACUUCGAUACGAAUUCUUUGUAAGAAAAGGAGGAUUUCUUCCCAUUCCCUGUAAACCCACCAGUCCUGACGUCACUCUUUCCCUCAUUUACGCCUCUCUUUGGAAUGGACCAGGUGUUGUUAGCUAUGGGGAUCUCUCUGAAGAAACAUCAUGGUUAGCCGACACGAAAUUCAUCAAACAAGAGUUGACUGAAGUUUCUUUGUCUGAUCCGAAUUCGAAUUGGUCGUUCGAUCCCAAAAUAGGACCGAUACUAAAGAAUGCGAAGCUCAGCGACAGUGGAACAUAUCAUUGCGUUGGUUCAAUGAACAAUGUCAGAGAUGACAAGGAAGAAUUCUUUAUUGUCGUCUCAGGAAUGGAACUGGAAAGGGUUGGCGAUCCUAGCGAUCCACCGGAAGGCGGAAAUUUUUCUGUUAUCUGUCGCACCGUUCACAUCCCAUCCAGUUCAAAACUAACGCCACCACAUUGGUUCUAUCAAAUUAAAGAUACCGGAGAAAUGCAAAUGAUAGAUGAAACGAAUCCACCCCAAGGUAUUAAAGUAACGAAGAACAAUGUACUUUCUUUUGAACAAAUCCGACUCGACGUGUUCAACAUAACACAGGCUACUCCCACAACUUUCCGUUGCGAAGCCAAUAAAAGCGGAGAAACACUAUCUGAAACUAUUUCUUUCCGAAUUAGAGAAAUUAAUGACCCCAUGGCUGUUCCAGUCAUUAUUAUUGUGGUUUUUUCUAUUUUAAUUAUUAUUGGAAUUGGCAUCGGAAUUAAAUUAUACCUCGAUCAGAAGCGGAAAGUUUAUACAGGCGCAAACAAAAUGCUGAUGGGAAACCCUGACGAAAUUAUUGAUGAUCAAACACCGAUGGAGUACCAGAUUGAAUAUUUACCCUACGACAGACGAUGGGAAUUUCCAAGAAAUCGGCUGAAACUAGGCAUGCAGCUGGGCGCAGGAUGUUUUGGCCGAGUCGUUAAGUCCGAAGCGGUCGGGAUCAAGGACUCUGAGGAAACCGUCAAAACGGUGGCCGUCAAAAUGAUCAAAUCGGCAACCAACGUCGCAGCCCUGGAAGCCCUGGUUAGUGAACUGAAAAUCCUUAUCUACUUGGGGUCACACCUUAACGUCGUCAAUUUAUUGGGGGCCUGCACCAAACAAAUAUCCAGAGGAGAACUUUUUAUCAUCGUGGAAUACUGUCGAUUCGGAAAUUUGCAAACAUAUCUUACCAGCAACAGGAACAACUUCAUAAAUCAGGUGGACGAAUUUGGUGAGCUGAAGGCAGAAAACGGAAACGAAGUAUCAAACGGUGUUUUUCACGGUUCUGUAUCCAUGCCAAAGCGUUCAGUAGUAGAUGGAAAUCAAGAAGGGAACCUGGAUGUUGACCUACAACACACGAAUGAUGAAUCAUUUGAAAUGUCGACUAAUUAUAUUCCAAAUACGACAACCCAAGAUUCGCCUGAACCGGAAAACAAUUUCAAUCCACCCAUCUCAACCCGUGAUUUAAUUUCUUGGUCCUUUCAGAUUGCUCGAGGAAUGGACUACUUGGCAGGCAAAAAGGUUCUCCAUGGCGAUUUGGCGGCCCGAAAUAUUUUGCUGGCCGACGACGGAGUGGCCAAAGUGGCCGAUUUCGGCAUGGCCAAGAAAAUGUACUACGAGGGAAAUUACGAGAGAACAGGAUUGGGAUUGAUGCCAGUCAAAUGGAUGGCCAUCGAAUCCCUGACGGAUCGCAUCUUUUCGACAGAAUCGGACGUCUGGUCCUACGGUGUUCUUCUAUGGGAAAUCUUUACGCUUGGAAAAAUUCCAUACCCUGGAAUGGAUGUUGGCCAUCUCCUCAUCAAAGAAAUUCUAAACGGCUACCGCAUGGAGAAACCGGAGAAAGCGCCAAAUUUCAUCGGUGAUAUUAUGGCGGAAUGCUGGAAGGCGGACCCGAAAGAGAGGCCAACAUUCACCCAACUGGAGGAGAUCAUCGUCGAACAAUUAGAGUCAUCCGUCACCUCCAGCUAUUUGAACAUGAAUGACGAGUACGCGAAAUUGAACGAAGAAGUGGAAAACGCAGCUCCGACGGACCUCUUUGGACUGGCGAAAUUGUUGACUGAAAAGUGGCAAAACAUCGAGAAACCGUCGUCUCACCAGACAGAAAACGCCCGUUACUCUUUCCUUCCCAAGAGGUUUUCCAAGAAAAUUAGGAGCACCAACGACUAUGCGCCAAAUAAACUUCAAUCCAUGGAGAACAUCAAGCGGCAGUCAUUCGAAACGAUGGAGAUUUCGAACUUGCACAGAGAAAUAGAACCUUUUGUUGCCUAAAAUCAUUUAUUUUCGGAAAAAGGUACGCUUGCAUGCCCUCUAAUUGGCCAAUAAUACCAUAAUUAUCUAUACAUUUAUUUUAAUUAUUAUCCUAUAAAGUUUUCGCUUCAAAUCCGUAUCGCUAGUGCGUCAAUACUUGUGUUGGUUGUAUCAGACAAAAGACAACGCAAUAGAAUU